AUGCCUCCCAGAUCGGGCUCCCCUGCCCGCUCAGAGAAUGACUUUGACAUUGGAAGUGCAUUAUUCGGAGGUGCUUUUGGAACGGAGCACCAAAUCCCAGACAGACAAAAUGGAGGCCUACAGGGUGAUGACUUGGAUGUCAUGGCGGAAGACUCCGAGGUUGAUGAAGAGGCCAUUAUCGCCGCUCAACAAGCCGCAUCGAAUCGCAAAGCUGCCAAUCUGAAAGGGAGAACUGUGAAAAAAGGUGGUGGCUUUCAAGCCAUGGGUCUCAAUGCCAAUCUCCUAAAAGCCAUAACGAGGAAGGGCUUCUCUGUGCCCACACCUAUUCAACGCAAGACAAUACCUCUUCUACUCAACGAAAAGGACGUGGUGGGUAUGGCGAGGACUGGAUCCGGGAAGACCGCUGCCUUCGUCAUUCCUAUGAUUGAAAAGCUGAAGGUACAUAGCACAAAAGUCGGGGCCAGGGCUCUGAUUUUGUCGCCCUCGAGGGAGUUGGCUUUGCAGACACUACAAGUGGUUAAGGAGCUAGGCAAGGGCACAGACCUCCGAUCCAUCCUCCUCGUGGGAGGUGACAGCCUGGAGGACCAGUUUUAUGCCAUGUCUAACAACCCAGACAUCAUCAUCGCGACCCCGGGCAGAUUCCUCCAUCUCAAGGUCGAAAUGAAUCUGGAUCUCCUGAGCAUCAAGUAUGUCGUGUUUGAUGAGGCGGAUCGACUCUUUGAAAUGGGGUUUGCAGCCCAACUAACAGAGAUUCUUCACGCCUUACCCGCAUCAAGGCAAACGCUGCUGUUUUCUGCUACGCUGCCUAAGUCGCUGGUUGAGUUCGCCCGGGCAGGAUUACAGGAACCUAUGUUGGUCAGGCUUGAUGCAGACAGCAAGAUAUCUCCCGAUUUACAAAGCGCAUUCUUCACCCUGAAGUCGUCCGAGAAAGAAGGGGCUUUGCUUCAUGUCCUCCAAGACAUCAUCAAAAUGCCCACCAGGUCGCAAUUGAUCACGUCAACCACGACUGCUGGAACAACAAGCAAACCAAACAGCAAGAAGAGGAAACGGCAGGAAACAGAAGAAAACGGUGGCAAUUCAUCCGGUCCCAACCCCUUUUCAACCAUAGUGUUCACUGCGACGAAGCACCACGUUGAAUACAUCGCAAGCCUGCUCCGUCUGGCUGGCUACGCAGUCUCAUAUGUCUAUGGCUCACUCGACCAAACCGCCAGAAAAUCUCAAGUACAGGCUUUUCGAACCGGUCAGACAAACAUUCUUGUCGUCACGGAUGUCGCAGCCCGGGGUAUCGAUAUCCCGGUGCUCGCCAAUGUGAUAAACUACGAUUUCCCCUCACAACCAAAGAUAUAUGUCCAUCGUGUGGGACGAACGGCUCGAGCAGGCCAAAAGGGCUGGAGUUACAGUUUUGUCCGAGAUGCCGACGCGCCAUAUCUACUGGAUCUGCAACUAUUCCUUGGUCGGACAUUGGUCCUUGGCAGAGCAGCAAGCAGUGAGCUUGUUAACUUCGCACAAGAUGUCGUGGUGGGUAGUUUUCGGCGGGAAGCAAUCCAGUCCAGUUGCGAAUGGGUGACAAAAUCACUGGAAAGUGAUUCCGAUCUUUCGGCCCUCCGCAAUGUGGCGUUGAAGGGCGAGAAACUAUAUCAGCGGACCAGGAAUUCCGCCUCCUCGGAGAGCGCGAAGAGAUCGAAACAACUCGUGUCGUCACCGACCUGGUCUGAGUUGCACGCCUUGUUCAAUAAUGAAGCCGAUGACUUGGAAGUUGAAAGAGAAAAAAUGCUUGCACGAGUGGGAGGGUUUCGACCGCAGGAAUCGAUCUUUGAAAUUGGAGCACGGCGUGGCGGGCGAAAGAACAACGAGGACGCGGUGGACGCCAUACGCAAAAUCCGGUCUGGUUUCGAGAGUAGGAAGCAGAAGGGCGCAGAUGCAUCCCAAGCGCGGAUAGAAGCUGGCGAUGACCAUGCCGGCCCUCAAACCAAGAAUCUAGGUGGUUCGGCAGAACACGACGAGCCGGGCUUCAUUGACGAGGGUCACGACGUCGAUGACAUGUCCGAGGCCUCUUUGAGUGAUUUGGAAGUCACUUUUUCUCAACCAUACUCUACAAAAUCACAUACACCAAAGUCGUCCAAGAUGCGCAACACGGAGGGAGAUUUUCGCGAUCCUGAGAACUUCAUGUCUUACCUCCCCACUGCUCAUGAUCUUACCUCUGACCGGGCUUACGGCGUUCACUCUGGUUCCAAUACCAAUGCAAGCACCAGCUUUGUGGAGUCUGCACGAACAGCCACGAUGGAUCUCGGUGCGGAUGAGUCGUCCAAGACUUUUGGCGAGAACAGAGCGAUCAUGCGAUGGGACAAGAGACAUAAAAAGUAUGUGAGACGCGACAAUGACGAGGAUGGAUCUAAGACGGGCAAGAGGCUCGUAAGGGGAGAAUCCGGAGCCAAGAUUGCCGCAAGUUUUAGGAGCGGACGUUUUGAACGGUGGAUGAAGGCCAAUCGAGUAAAAGGACCGGGAAGAGUCGGUGAGGAGGAGAAAUCCUCCAGCGUUCACGCGGACGGCCUGGGCGUUGCUGGUGGACGGGGCAAGAGAUUCCAGCAUAAAUCGCAGAGAACACCGAAACAGCCGGAUAAAUUGAGAGGGGAUUAUGAAAAACAAGUCAAAAAGGCCAAGGGUGCGAAAGAGAGAGAAGAGCAAGCGGGUGGUAAGGCCGCAGGGGAGCUGAGAAGUGUCGAUCGGAUGGUCAAGGAGAGGCGGCUGAAGGAGAAGAGGAGGGAGAAGAAUGCUCGACCACGACGAAGGAAGGCAUAA